AUGCAACCUACAAUCAAUAUCGAUCACCUCGUUGAGGAAGGUUCAUCCGAAAGAGUCGGCCCGGAUGCUGAGCACGAGGUCUAUCCUCUUCACUUCCUCGACAAACAUCCCGGCUUCCAGGACACGUACACAUACACCUGGCACUUCAAUGACGUGCUUGACGCUCAGUUGCUCCACGCAGCGCUCCGUCGUCUUCUCGAGUACGGAGAUUGGCGCAAGUUUGGUGGAAGACUUCGAACCAACACGUUUAAAGGGCGACGCACACUCGAGGUUCACGUUCCAAAGACCGUUACUCCUGACUACCAAAGUGUCGCCUACUCGCAUCAGGUGAUCCGAUCCAAGCUUAGAGAGCAUCCCCUCGGAUCUUUACUUCCUCAACCUACUGGCGAGCGCGGCUCCAUCCAGGAGGGUGCGGACCACUUCCGUGACUUCUCAGCAAGCCCCAAUGUCCCAAAGGACUUUUCUGCCUACCUCAGUGGCGAUGUCCCGAUCAUGGCACUUCAUGUUAUUUGCUUCUCUGAUGCCACUCUCGUGUCUCUCGCCUGGCCUCAUGUCGUGAUGGAUGGCAUUUCGCUCCAGACAUUCGUCAUCUCCUGGUCAAAUAUGCUAGCCGGCCGCGAGAACGCCGUGCCCCCUAUUUUCGGAGCAUAUGACGAUCCCCUCGCACGAGCCAGUGGAUCUGCAUUGGCCCGUGACCAGAUAGACUCCGAUGGGAACUGCCUACUCAGAGGAUUCACUACCUUGCGUCUCGCCUACAAUGUGCUCUGGGACCAAUUGAAGAUUUCUUUCAGUACACAAAAACCAGUCAACCGCACAGUGUAUCUUCCAAAGCGUGCGGUUCAGAAGCUUCGAAACCAAGCUCUCUUUGAGAUCCAACGGGCCAAUCCAGGCCACCCAGAUAAGCUCUGGGUGAGUGAAAGCGACGUUAUCCUCGCCUUGUUCGUCCACACGGCCGCUCUCUGCGAACCAACACCUCGCCCCGUCACUGUGUUUGGCGCCUUUGAUCUUAGAAGCCGGCUGCCAGACUACAUCGAUAAGGGUGGCGUCUAUAUCCAGAACAUGGCGUGGGUUACCACGACCCUCUUGGACGUCGACACUGCCACAGGCUCAAUGGGAGAGGUUGCCCUGGCGCAUCGAAGAUCUCUACAAACGCAGACAGACCAGAGGAGAGUCGUGGCACUUCUUAGUAAGCUCAAGCAGCAGUCGGACUCGGGCAAUGGGAUGACGUUGUUUAGUGGACCACCCAAUGCCGUCCUUUACCCUGCCGGCAACCUCACCAAGCUGAACUUCUGCCGCGCGGCCAACUUUCUACCUGCCGUCUUCCGAACAGGAGACGACAGCCCAACACGCCGCAACCCUCCCGGAACAUGUGUCUAUCACCAUAAGGGGUUUUGGAACGAACAUCGGGUUUCGAAGAAGGGCAUGUUCAUUCUCGGGCAGGAUUGGAAUGACAACUACUGGAUCACCGGCUAUGGAAUGCCUGAUUACUGGCGCCGCAUCCAGCAGAUUCUGGAUGAGUUGAGCCCUUCCCGCCAUUAA